CCGAACCCAAAUGCCGUGAUUAGGCCUCGGAGAUUGAGAACGGACUCACAUUCCAAGCGAUACAAACCCUGAAACGGUGUCAUAAAAGCCUUGUCUUCAAAAAGAGAAUUAGGCACCCACUGCGCUGGAUUACACAUAUUUAUCCAUAACCUUGGCGUUUCCCCGAAAGACCGUAGAUCAGAACACAGCAGCUUUAACCGCUCUCAAACGUCGGUCCUGACAUCUCCGCGUUUUCCCAUCAACAAUGUAUCGUGCUGUGCCGCCACACCGCGGCCAACAUGAUCUAGUGUGCAUCGCUUGCAGGACUCGAAAGAUCCGAUGUAACCGUGCCAAACCUACAUGUGACGGCUGUCAAGCUAGAGGCCUGGCAUGCACGUAUCCGGAGCGAAGGAAAAGAAAGAAGGCUAACUCCCGAAAGCGUCAGCCAAAAGAACCUCAUGUCAGUGAUCAUGUCCUCUCUAGUCUUCUUGAGAGACUACUUCGGGUUGAGGAAAAAUGCACGCGCCUUGUUGCUGAUCCAUCGACGGUAAAUACCGCGCUCAGCAACAAUAGCCCAGGAAGCCUUCAAGGAUCUUAUUCCCAAACACCUGGGCAAACACCUGAAGCACAUUUCGUGGUCUCAUCGGCUGCAUCCAGAGCUUCCAUCGACAAUGACGCAGAAGAGACAGAAGUCAGUGAUUUGCCUAGUUGUCCAGCCACGCCCUUGAAUGCCGACGUGCGCCUCCAACAAGCCUUUGAGCAGGUCUUGCAUCUCAAGCGGCAGAACUUGUUCAACCAGAACGUACCUAUAGAUUACCAUAUACAACCAGAGAUUGCCAAAGCUUGUAUUGAGAACUUUUGUACGCACUUCCAGAUCGACACGUUCCCGAGCUUCAUCAAUAUCAAGCUGAUGCACCUCAUCCCUGACAUCAUCGAUAUGCCUGAGGUCACUCUCGAGCCAGCGGUGCUGGUACUCUACUAUAGUAUUGUCUACCAUGGCUCAGUGUUGAUUGCUGACGAUUUGGGACCUCAAUAUAGCAAUUUAACGCAACGCGUCUAUGGUUGCUGUCUUCGUGUGCUGCCAGCUUGGAGGGAGCGCAGUUUGGGGACCAAGACGGACCUGAUCUCUGCCAUCCUUCUCAUGAGAGCUUCCUUUCAGCAAUGCGACUUCGAAUUCAGCUGGAACAUGUACAGAAUUGUGUAUCAGUGCAUAAAGAAGCUGAACCUCCACAACAUUGAUCAGGAUUUUCCCAGUACCUUCAUGCGGCAGUCACCCGAUGAUGGAACAGACCAUGACAGGCAAGGUCUCUGGGCGUUGGUGCUCGUCGAUCUAUUCUUCCGUCUGCUACACGACAAGCCUGCCAUCAUGACGGCCAACUUGACCGAGUGGCGUGUCAAUCUUCCCACAAUCAACAUCGUCCCUGAACAACCCGAUCACAUGGUUUCAACGUUGGCGUUCUUUGUCAAGUCACGGCUGACUUUUCUUCUGCUUCGCUUCUUUGACUUCUUUGCUCAGAGCUCGGACGAUGAGGACUGCAUCGAACGGAUUGAAGGACUCUGUGCUGAGAUAGAAGACUUGAUCGGAGAAUGGUCUGUAAGAGAUUCAAUGGACGCCAACGAAGAAAACGUCUCAAAUUGGUGGACGCUCUACGAUCUCACGCUCACGGCAAGCUGCUCCAUGAUGGUCAUGAGCCGCAAGAUGGAGGCUCUCCAUUCCGAAGUAUCUGGCUUACCUUUUCCCUGUUACAACAAACCUGUAUCUGUCUUGUCAGUCAACAUCGCUCGUAAGGUCCUGGAGCUCGCUCUUCUGGGCUUGGAAAAGUAUACAAGCCCGCUUGCCGCGGCAUAUUUGUUUGGCGCAUUCCGCUGUCAUGUUCCUUAUGGCUGCUUGGUUAAUCACCUGUUCGUUAGCGACCCUGGAGAACCGGGCUCUACCUCGUUGAGCGACAUGGUGUUACUGGAGAAGGUUGCCGAGAGCAUGGGUACUAUAGCAGAAAGGGAUGGGGAUCUUUUACCGUUGGCCCGUACACUUCAUCAGCUAAACAUUACUAUCCAUGCUAGAUGGAAAGGGAAGGCGGGGCAGUAGUGUUUCCUAAAGAGAAUGAUAGCCUAUGGGCAAUCCAGAGUGUGUAGCACAGGUCAGUUGCUGGAUAAGAAGGCCUUGUUUCCAAAUACACUGAACCACUCGUUCGCCUUCCUUGUAAGCCGAGGUAUACACUAGAAGCAAAAGCAGA